AUGCUGGCACAGGCUCUUGCUCCACAGCAGCUCGUAACUUCACCUCCCGACCUGAGGUCAUCUUUUAUGUCAUGGAAGGCUCCCCACGAAAAAGAGUAUAAAAGCAGAGACGAGGGAGCUGAUGGCACAGUUCCCGUGUUUCCUUCUACCGAGCAGGCACUGUUCCAAAUAAUGAAACUUCUGCUGAUCACCGUCGUAGCCACAGUCGUGGCCCUGUGUCACGCAGGUGGUAAAGGCGGAUUUGGAGGAGGUGGAUUUGGAGGAGGCGGAUUUGGAGGAGGCGGUUUUGGAGGAGGUGGAUUCGGAGGUGGCGGUCAUGGAGGCGGCUUUGGAGGUGGUGGAUUCGGAGGCCGAUCAUAUGGAAGCAGCGGUUUUGGAGGAGGUUCUUUCGGUGGUGGUCACGGAGGAGGAUUUGGAGGCGGUAAAGGAGGCGGAUUUGGAGGCGGUUUCGGAGGUGGUAAAGGAGGUGGUUUUGGAGGAGGCCAUGGUGGUUCCUUCGGAGGUGGAUUCUCUGGUGGUCGUAGAUAUGGAUAAAAGAUUAUAUUAUUGUAAAUUAAUCAUUAAAUAAAACGGAAUUCCAGAU